AGCAGUACCGGUGUUGGUGGAGAAGUUGUGAAUUUGGGGCGAAAGAUGCCAGAGAGCUGAUAACCCACGUCAAUUUUCACAGUUACCACACCAAACUGAAAUUCAUAGGCUCGCAGUUACGGGCGUUGCACCACAAUUUGCCAGCGUGUUUGCAGGACAGCUGUAGCUGGCAUCGGUUACCAAAGACUUCGGAGGAGUUUGUUUGCCAUUGGGAGAAUUGUGAUGUUACCUUCAAUAACCCAGUGUGGUUUUAUCAACAUGUUGCUAUUCAUGCCUAUGCUACUGAGGAAGAAACUGUUACAGAUCAGAAGAAAGCUGUUUAUUGUCACUGGAAAGAUUGUUUAGGCGUAUUUAAAGGAAAACAUAAGCUAUGGGAUCAUUUAAGAACCCACACGCAAGAAAGAGUUGUAGCAUGUCCUACUUGUGGACGAAUGUUCUCCAGUAACACUAAGUUUUUUGAUCAUGCAAAGAGACAAGUUUCAGAAGACAAACAAAUAUUUGUUUGCCAGAACUGUCAGAAACAUUUUGCCAAUGAAAGGCUGCUACGAGAUCACAUGAGGGGACAUGUUAAUCAUGUUACAUGUGCCCUUUGUGAUAUGGUAUGCACAAGCGUGUCUUCACUGAAAGCACACAUCAGAUUUCGACACUGUAAUGAACGUCCUUUCUGUUGCCACCUCUGUGACCGCAGUUUUAAGAACGUGUAUGAUCUGCGUAAACAUGUUGAAACACACAAUGAUUCAGAUGCCUACAGCUGUGAUGUUGAAGGAUGUGGUUUUAUUUCACGGACUUCACGAACUUUGAGACAACAUCACAAGAGAGCACAUGUAAGUAAUGGCAUUUUGAAAUAUAAAUGCCACAUCUGUCAGAAAUGUUUCUCCUGGAGUUACACAUUGACCCUACAUCUUCGAAAAGCUCAUAAACUCAGUAGUCACUCUCGUUUCAGAUAUAAAGAAGAUGAUGAGGGUCAUAUGAGUUUGAAUGUAACAGUAUAUAAUGCUGUCACGGGUUUAGGUCAGGUGGUAACAAAUAAGUCUUCACCAAGUCAAAAUAGUUUUGGAAGAGAAGGAGGGGACUCUUGCGAAAGAGACACUUCAACAGUAGGAGUACUUUUCUCACCACUUCAGCCAUGGUCACAAGCUACUGGAGAAAAUGUUGUGGUAGAAACAGAGACUUCUGUGCCAGAGCCUGUGUAUUCUGAACUUCAAACAGCUGUACAGCUGUUUGAAAACUUUUGUGCUCCCACUCAAGUUGAAGCAAUACCAAUGAAUGUGAAGGAAAAACUAGUAGAAAUGGAACUAGGCUUCGGGAUUCAGACAGCUUUCUAG